CCUCUCUAAGCUCUGUCUAUGGCCAAGAAGCGCGCUCCCGUCUGCGCGUACUUCCUCCCUCGACACUGUAAACGGGUGUCGGCGCGAACAUCGCUCUGCUGUGAAUGGACAUUAAUGGGGACUGUAACAUUCUUCUCUCACUGCAUGGUUUGUUUUCUCAUAAUCUCUGCAACGGAAGCCAGGUGUUGAGUGACAGAGGUGAUGUGAUGGCAGAGCCAGCAGGCCAGACAGAUCAGAGCAGAGUGUCUGCUGCACACUGAAACAACUGGAUGCAACACAGUAGAGCCUAUUCAGAAUGGAUUUCCCCAAUUGCACUGAAGGGGUGUUUUCCACAAGCAGUGGUGAUUAUGACUCACUGGAGACCACUAAACGCCCUCCCAGUAAGAUCCUGCUAACGCUGACCCUGUCUGUGGUGGCUAUCCUGACUACAUUCUUCAACUGCCUGGUGAUCACAGCUAUCGCAGUGACCCGCAAGUUGCACCACCCAGCCAACUACCUCAUCUGCUCAUUAGCAGUGACUGACCUGCUGGUGGCUGUGUUGGUCAUGCCCUUCAGCAUCAUCUACAUCCAGAAAGAGAGCUGGGUCAUGGGCCAGGUGGUGUGCACCAUCUGGUUAAGUGUGGAUAUCACCUGUUGCACAUGCUCCAUCCUGCACCUCGCUGCAAUCGCCAUCGACCGUUACAGGGCCAUUACUGAUGCAGUGGAGUACUCUCGCAAACGCACAGGGGCCAGGGCUGGCGCGAUGGUGGCAGUGGUGUGGCUUUUGUCCAUCCUCAUCUCGCUUCCUCCUCUGCUGUGGCGGCACUACAGCGGGGAUGCAGACCACAAAGACCAGUGCAUCAUCAUCCACCAUCACAUGGCCUUCACCCUGUACUCCACCCUUGGAGCCUUUUACAUCCCCCUGCUGCUCAUCCUCAUCCUCUACUACAAAAUCUACCGGGCCGCUCAGACCCUCUAUAUGCGCAGGGAGGCCAGCCGAGCCAGCCGUCACUCAUGCAUGACCAAUGGGAGCAUGAUCCCCUCAUCCUACCCUGCUGGAGAUGGUGAUGCUGAUGAGGGGCCUCGAAGUCCGGAGCCCGUAAGCCCACCAGAGAAGUCUUUCUCUGAACCUUCUACUGAGGAACCUCUGCGUGAACGAGUACGUGUCUCUGUGAAGCCUUUCCAGUGCAAGUCGCGUCGGUAUGAGUCGCGUAGCGAGUCACGUAGCGAGUCACGUCGGAGCCAACUUUACCAAGGACCUCGCAUCUCUGGCUCGCGGGAGCGCAAAGCGGCAUCCACGUUGGGGUUGAUAAUUGGCGCUUUUGUCAUCUGUUGGUUGCCAUUUUUUGUCAAGGAGGUGAUCGUGAACACCUGCAGUGCUUGCAGUACUUCAGUGGAGAUGGCUGACUUUCUGACGUGGUUGGGCUAUCUCAACUCGCUGAUCAACCCCCUCAUCUACACCAUCUUUAAUGAAGACUUCAAAAAAGCUUUCCAAAGUCUCGUUAGGUGCAAUCAGUACCUCUGAUGGUUGCAAUGAUACACGGUCAUGCCAAUACACCAUCUAAUGUACACACAUAACAGGGAGGGAACAAACUAAUAGCUGGAAGAGGUCAGAGAAUACUGACUGAAUACUGAUUUUGGUGUGCUUGAGUAUCAUCUAGCAGAGGAAAGGAUUGACACACAUUUCCAGACACUCCAUCAGGUUCUUCAACAGCCUGAAUGGCACCAGCUCAGCAAAGAGCUUCACAGCAAAGUUCCACAUUGAAAUCCAAGUCUUGUUAUUAAUAGAACAGCCUGAGAUCCCCUUGAUGAUAAUUGGUGUGUGUUAAGGGACACUGACAUGUUGGUUUUUAGAAAAUGGGCCAUCGCUGACCUUUUUGAGGUAGAGGUUCUGAGCAUUAAUGAUCAGCCCCAUUUAAAGGUCUUGAAAUAGCUGACCAUUACGUCUGUUCCAUGGAAUGACCUCCCUUCUAUCUAGUCCAAGCUGCUAGCUGAAAUACAGAACAUGUGUAAAAUACCACAGCAUACCAAGUUGUGACUUUCUGUGGCCAUGAUGUUAUGGGGGGGGGGGGGGGGGGACUUUUACAUGACUUACUGUCAGAGUAAUUGUGAACAGAAGUAGUUGUUGAAUGUGGUAUGUAUUCAGCCUCACAAAACAUUCCAACAAAUAUAAAACAUAAAUUUGUAGAUUGCUAAAGCUCCAUGUUAAAUAAUGGUAACGAUGCUGACUUUAUUCAUUUGACAAUCUGAGAAUGGGAAAUUAUUGCUUGCUUUUCAUGAACUUCACAACACCAGAACUUAACAUACCAUGUAUUAAAUGUCUCAGAUUAACAGCUAAGAAUACCUUAAGUGUGAAGAAAAUGUUUUAUGAUCUGGGACCAAAUCACAUAUUGAAAUAUGAAAAUACUUGUGACCAAGUUUAAAGAAUAUGUAAUUUUCAGUUCAAAAUCCUAACUGGAGAUCUCUAAUUGAUAUUUUUUGCACAAACCUUUAUGUUCCUUUCAGUUUUUCUCAGUAUUAUUUAUUUGUUCAUCCUGGAACCCCUAGACUCCCUAUCCCAUCCCUCUCCCACACCAUAGCCAGGUUAAUGAAUAUGAGAACCACUGGAGGAGAGAUCCUCAUUACGUUACUCCCACUCAAGUACUUGGAAUAGAACUACUAUUUCUUUACUGCCUCCGAGAGGGCACAUGAUAUGUUGAUGGAAAUUUUGAGGAUGAAUCAAGUGAGAGGGUGUACUGUGCGCUAGGGAGAUAAUACAGUGUCAUAUAUUUACAUACUCUCUGACAGUAUGACCAGUGGUUGUAUAUUGUUUCUUUCUUUGUCUCUCUGUCUCAAUGAUCAAUAAUAAACAGUCCACAGCUGAAUCAUGU